AUGGGCAGAGUACGUACCAUGACAAAUGAGAAGGGUCAGAAUUUGCAAGAAGCUGGACCAAGUACACCUGUGCGGAUAUCUGGUUGGAAAGAGGAAUUGCCAAAUCCAGGAGAGAUUAUUUUGGAAGUGGAAAGUAUGGAUCGAGCCCAUCGUGCUAUCAAAUUUCGUCAUGAGAAAGAAAUGGCUGAGAAGGCGGAAAAAGAUUGGAAAGCCAUCGAAGGACAACGCAUGGAAGAACGCGAGCAGUACCUGAAGAAUCGACAAAAAAUGUUGAAUUCUGGUUAUCGAUAUGGAUCCACCCUUCGGAGAGUCGUACACAAGGAACAUCGGCUUGAAAAACCCGCUGAAGAUGAUUUUCCUAAGCUACGGUUGAUGCUGCGGACGGAUGUCGAAGGCACUCUGGAAGCUAUACUCAACGUCACGGAAACCUACACUAGCGAAAAAUGCAACUUUCAAGUUGUGGAAUUUGGGGUAGGCCCACCAACAAAUAUGGACGUGGAGAUCGCAAAGGAGACUGGUGCUGUCAUCUACCUCUUUAACGUACAACCGCCACCAGCUAUACGACAACAGGCUGAGCAGGAAGGUGUCCGAAUCGAGCAGUUCAAUGUGAUCUACCGCCUUGUGGAGUCAUUGAAGAAUGAGUUGUCUGCGCAGCUACCUACAGUGACCGAAAUGGAACUUGUUGGGGAAGGGCAUGUGCUGAAAGUGAGUGGACAGUUCCUUUUUUUGAGUUCAAAUAUCGUUUUUUGUUGGAAAAUCUGCUUUUUUCUACCUAGUUCUGAGAAAUGAGG